AUGCCUGGACUUGGUGUUGAGAACACACUCCCUUUCCGGGUGAAGGCACGGGAAUCUUUCGGGGACAACUUAGUGUCAGAAGACAUCUACCCAAAUGACUCAGCAUAUGAUGCAUCUUCAAACGGCCAGCUUACGCGUCUUCCAGCAGACCUCAUUCUUAAGAUCGCUUUCUUCUUGGAGGACUACAACUAUCCCGCCGAUUUCUGUCACUUCGCAUCUUUGACACCAAAGAACUGGACAAUCCUCGAGAAAGAGUGUCAUCAAUUGGCGUUCAAGGUAGCUGAGCCAACGCAGGAAGAAUUCAAGAAGUAUCUUACCGAUACAGGUGGUGUAUCGCGUUAUGAUCUGUGGGAAGAAGUGCAGGACUCGACCGACAUAGGCGAUCGAUCAAAGUUCACCGAAGCAAUCACCAACGGUUGCCUACAUGCUGUGACGUCUUUCCUGCUACAUGGUGUCAACCCUAAUACAUUCAACAUUACCGGUAACCGUCCUUUGACUCUGGCAGCGUCCUGCCCUUGUCCUGUGGAGAUGUCCGAAUUGCUCCUGAAACACGGGUCAAACCCGAAUUCGGCAGAUUUCCUUUCGGAUAUCUUCACCCCUUUGUAUACCGCUGCGACCAUGGCUCAAGAUGAUUUGGUGCAUCUACUACUCGACCACGGGGCCAAUCUAAAGGAGAAAGGUGUUGUUCAAGCUAUAUGCCAAGUCUGCAAGAAGGACACAAUUCAGCGCGCAUUCAAGAUGGGUGCCGAUAUCAACGAGAUCGACGAAGCGGGCAACAACAUGCUCCAUUUUGCGGCUAGGAACGAGGAUCCUGAAGUCCUCCGUCUAGUGUUCGACCUUGGCUUCCCGUUGACUAAUAUCAAUCAGCAGAACAAAGGUGGUAAGACACCCCUUAUGAAAGCUGUAAAAAUUGGCCAUAUAGAAAACGUGGCCGCUUUGAUCGCAUAUGGUGCAACCCCUGACCCUCCCCUUGCCAACGGCACAACAGCGUUACACGUUGCCUGUAGCUGGGAUCACAUUGAGAUUGCAUCGUUGCUCGUAAACGCCGGGGCCAAUCUCGAGGCUGUCGACGGCGACCAACUGCGCCCUAUCCAUCACGCAGUCUAUAUCACUUCGAUUAAAAUGCUGCGGCUGGUAGUUGAGAAUGGUGCCGACGCCUUAGCCACAAUACGGCGUAAAGAUACCGCGUUGCAUGUGCUGCUGGCUGAUCUGACUGAGAAAUCCGGCAAGACGUAUGUCGCAAAAAUCCUCGAUUGCGUCAAGCUUCUAGUCGCGGCCAAUGCCAAUCCCACUGCGCAGAACGAUGACGGCGAGACGCCUUUGAAAAUGGCCAUGAAAUGUGGCCAGUAUGAGAUUGCCCAUGUUCUGAAGACUCAGGACCCGCACGCAAUUGAUGAUCAACCCCCCACUGGUCAGUAA